UUGGCCUGCCUCUGGCCUAGCUGCUCUGUUCGUCCUCUGAUUGCGCACCAGCUACUGGUAGCUGCCCCAAUUGCAUCCAUCCCUCGCAUCGUGCUCUGCUCUUUAAAACACCCAGCCCGGCCGUCGUCCAGCUUCCGUACGUUCCUUGCUCCGAUCGGGCGGCUCGAGGAGUGAUCCGUCCGGAGCUGACCGUGCUCCGUCGCCGCAUUGAUGAAUGCCGAAGCUAUAGCGGCUCCCCGUCGUCGCUCUUCCCAGGGAUGCCACGGUCGCCCGGAUCAUGGCAUUGCCAACCGCGGUCGUAGCCGGCGUUGCCGCGUCCGUCGCCCUGCUGGUGCUGCUGGCGGUCGCCGCCGCGCUCUGCUGGUGGCGCCGUAGCCGGACCUCCGACACCGCCUCCGACGAAACUCCUCCCACGCUAGCGGAGUGGGGCAGGUGCGGCCGGACGUCGUCGGCGCCGGACUACCAGGGCGCCAGGCGGUUCACGCUGGAGGAGAUGUCCCACGCCACCAAGAACUUCAGCGACGCCAACCUCGUCGGCGCCGGCACCUUCGGCAAGGUCUACAUGGGCCUCCUGCUCGACGGCACCGUCGUCGCCAUCAAGCGCCGCGUCGGCGCGCCACGGCAAGACUUCGUCGACGAGGUGAGGAGGCAGUCGGAGAUCUGGCACCGGAACGUGGUGACCCUCAUCGGCUACUGCCAGGACGGGGGUCUGCAGAUGCUCGUCUUCGAGCACCUGCCCAACGGCAGCGUCUGCGGCCAUCUAUACGAUACCGGCAAAGAGUCCAUGACAAGGCUGGAGUUCAAGCAGAGGCUCUCGAUCGCCAUCGGAGCGGCCAAAGGUCUUGACCAUCUGCACAGCCUCGCGCCACCAUUGAUCCACAAGGGCUUCAAGACGAGCAACGUGCUGGUGGACGAGAACUUCAUCGCCAAGGUGUCCGACGCCGGAGUCGACCGGCUGCUCAGAGGGCUUGAGGACCCCGGCUCGCCGCUGAACGGGUUCCGUUCCGGCAUCUACCAGGAUCCAGAGGCACAUUCCUUGGCACAGCUCUCUGCGAGCAGCGACGUGUACAGCUUUGGGGUUUUCCUUCUGGAGCUCAUCACCGGCAGGGAGGCCGCCAGCUUGGUUUCUCCGGAAUCAACCGAAUCUCUCGCUCAUUGGCUAGAGGCGUCAGGAGACGAGGUGGCGGACCCGAGGCUCGGCGGCAGCUUCACCUCGGAGGGCAUGAAGGAGCUGGUCGGGCUGACAAUGCAGUGCCUGAGCCCGUCAGCGGUGAGGAGGCGGCCCAAGAUGCGGCUGGUCGCGGCGGAGCUCGACCGCAUCCUGGAGAAGGAGAUGACCCUGACGACCGUCAUGGGCGAUGGCACUGCCAUCAUCACCCUCGGGAGCCAGCUCUUCACGUCAUGAUCAUCCGAUAUUUGUUGCCACGGUCCAUAUUUUCUUGUUUCGCGGUUGCUAAACUUUAGUUGCCUGAAAAUGAAUUGUGCGCCUGUCCAA